AUGGCCUAAACAAUAUUUUUAAUCCUUCUCUGCCUUAUGAAUGUUUGCAAUUCUUAAUGGAUACUUUCAAAUGAGUAUUUAUCUUCUAAUUAGAAAUUUACCUUCUCAAAUUCAAGUGAUGGAUAUGAAUAAUCAGGAAGCUUUGCUUUGCCCUCCUCAACAACUUCAGCUUAAUUUAUCACAUGCAUCACACCUUCAACAAGUUAUAUCAAUUUAAAUUCUACAGAACCUUCAGCAUACAUUUAUUAAAAGUCAUAUUUCUAUUAGGGAGGAAGCUUUAUAAAUUUUGAUUUAUUUUUUUAGGGUACAUGGUCAAAUCAAACUGUGGUUUUUACAAUAGGUAGUGCCUUUACAUACACAUAUACGUAUAUUUCACCUACAAUUUAUCCAAUAACAUAGGGAUUUUGUGAUAAUUUAACUGGUGAUGUUAAAUCUAUCAAUUUUACACUGACAAAUUCAAUAUCUGAUAAAGUCUAGUUCUAAUCAACAGGUUCAGGAAAUGCAUAAGUUUCAAUUAAGAAUAUUUUUUUUUCAAGAAUUUUAUGUUAUCCAUCAUGUACUUAAUGUACAGGUUCAAAUUUCAAUUAAUGCACAAAUUGUAUUUAUGGAUAAGCUACUGAUAAUAUUUGUCCACUUUGUCCAUCAAAUUAAUAUUUUAUGAAAUAUUAAGGAUGCAAGGAUAUAUGUGACAUCAACUCUCCAAUAUAUUAUCAUGGAUUCUGUUAAAGUUAUCCAAGUAAAUUUUCAUUUUAUAAAUUUUAGUUUUCUUAAUAGCUUCAGCGUAAAUUUAUUAGGAUUCACUUCAGUCUGAAAAUCUGAAGUGGUCAAUCAUAUAUGAUCCAUUACAUAUAGAUACUUCCCCAAAACCAUCCUAUGUAUCCUAGAACUAUUACUUUUAUGGGAUAUUUAUGUUUAAUUCAGGUAUCUAUAGAUUUUUCGAUUUAUUAUCUUCUUAUUCAACUUAUUUAAUUGGAUUAAAAAUUUCAAUUGUACUUUUUAAUGAUAUUCCAUUAAAUUGUGGAAUAUAAUUUAAGAUUAAUAAUACAUAUUAUGGAUCUAUUUAUAAAAAUGACUCUGGAAUUCAAACACAUAAAUUAAAAAUCUAUUAAACUUAUGCAUAUAAUUCAUAUUUGACUUAUUCUUAAAGCAAGAUAUAUAAUUUAAUUACAUAUUUAGAUAUUCCUUAAUCAACAAUUUUAUUUUCUGCUGUUGGAAAUUAUACGUAAUUAUUAUUAACUUAAAUUAGUGAAGACACUGCAGGAUGGGGGAUUAUUUCAGUUCAAUUUACUUCAGGAUAUUGUUCUAAUUUUUGCUUAUUGUGCGAAGUAUCAUUUAAAUGUAAGACUUGUUAAAAUGAAUAUUAUAAAUAUAAGGAUGGUAGUUGCAUUUAAAGUUGCUCAAAUUCCUUUCAGAAAUUAAAUGGUUCCUAUUGUUAUGAUUAUGAUGAUGAAACGCCUUGUAUUCAUAUAUUUAUUUAUUUAGAUUCUUAAUAUUUGAUUUAAGAAUAUACAAAUCGAGCAACUGAUCCUAAUUAAUAUUAAUAAUAUACAUUACUCUCUCAAAAUGGAAGUAACUUUUUAAAAGGAUCUGAUAUCUAUUAUUCAUAUUGGAACCAAAAUAGAGUUUUUGGAGGACCUUUUGUGUGGGCUUAAGCUAAAUUCUAAAGAAUUCAUAAUAUAAUUGAUCCACAUCAUAGUAUCACUAUUGCAUUUUAUAUAAUUUUUGGACCAAAAUUCCCAUCUGAUGGAAGAUUUAUAUAUACAAUUGAAGAUAAUACACCAGUCUCUAAAUCAUCUGCAACUUUUUAAUAGUUAAGUCCUGAUGGAUCUAAAUACGAUAAAAUAUAUGAAAGAAUAAUUCAUAAUGCAAAUAGUUUAAAAAUCACUUGGGAAUGUUCUGGAGCAAAUAAUGAACCAAUUUAUGCUUUUUGUGGAUUUUAUAAUUAUUAUAUUGCAGUUCAUUAUUGUUAACCUUAUUGCUUAUAAUGUUAAGAUUAAAAUACAUGUUUGGAGUGGAACAGCACAUAUGAUGUAAAUAUCGUUAAAUUUUCUUAAGCAUAAUGUGAAAUUACUCAAUAUUUUGAUAGAGAUUCUUUUAAAUGUUUUUAGUGUCUUCUCCCUUGCUUAACAUGUACUUCUAAAAUAGAUUGUUAAACAUGCUUACCAACUUAUACUUAAACUAAAUUAGGAUGUAUUUGUAAAAUGAAUCAGUAUGAAGAUACAAAUAAAUGCUUUGAUUGUCCAUAUGAAUGUAAUUAAUGUUUAAGUUCUACUUACUGUAUUGAGUGUUUAAUUACUAAUAAUAGAAAACUUAUAAAUGGAUAAUGUAAUUGUAUAGAUGGAUAUUAUUCAAUAAUAUCGAAUCCUUAAUGCUAAUUAUGUCAUUAAUUUUGUAAAACUUGUUCUGGACCUACAUCUCAUGAUUGUUUAACAUGUUCAAAUAUAAUUAAUAUUGAAAAAAUAGGAUCGACAUGUAAAUGUCAAACAGGUUUAUAUUAUUAAGAUGCUUCAAGAACAUGUUCUUAAUGCCAUUUAUCAUGUUAAACUUGUUUUAAAAAUACAAUUGAUGGUUGUUUGACAUGUAAUCCUACUUUAAAUAGAAUUUUAAAAGGAUUAGUAUGUGAAUGUGCUCCUGGUUAUUAUGAUUUAAACAAUAUUUGUAUAAGUAUUAUUUAUAUUAAUAAUUUUAGAUUGCCCAACUAAUGAAGAUAUAACUUUAAUUUAAUGUUAUAAAUAUUGUAAUAAUAAUUUAUCAAUAUGGCAUACAAAUAUUUGUAGUUCUUGUGAUUUUGGAUUUCAAUUAGUAUUUGGAGAAUGCUAACCGAUUUGUGGAGAUUUGAAUAUAAAAGGAUAUGAAUAAUGCGAAGAUAAUAAUUCUAAUUUAAAUGAUUUAUGUUAUAAUUGCUAAUAUCAAUGUCCAACUUAUUGUCAAACUUGUGAUUCAACUACUACUUUACCUUGUCCAGAUAUUUGUGGAGAUGGAGUUAUUAGUGGAACUGAAGAAUGCGAAGAUGGAAAUUCAAUUUAAUAUGAUGGAUGCUAUAAUUGUAAAUAUUAAUGUUAACCUUAAUGUACAAAAUGUAUAAAUGGAGAAUGUUUUGAGUGUGCAACUAAAGGAUGGUUUAUUGAUCCAACAAUUACUUCAUCAUGGUUAUGCAAAGAAAGAUGUGGAGAUUAAAUUAUUACUGGAUAUGAAUAAUGCGAUGACGGUAAUCAAGUUGAUACUGAUGGAUGUAAAAAUUGUAGAUUUCAUUGUCGUAUUGGCUGUUCCUCUUGUAAUUAUAAUACAAAUACUUGUCUAAGUUGUCAAUUACCAGGGUUUGUUCCUUUUUAAUAUUAUUGUAAAAAUAUUUGUGGAGAUGGCUUAGUUGUCAUUGAUCCUUCUGGAAUAAAUUCAGAAUAAUGUGAUGAUGGAAAUACUAUUGAUUUUGAUGGUUGUAGUAGUAAUUGUUAGUUUNAUACAAAUAAAUGCUUUGAUUGUCCAUAUGAAUGUAAUUAAUGUUUAAGUUCUACUUACUGUAUUGAGUGUUUAAUUACUAAUAAUAGAAAACUUAUAAAUGGAUAAUGUAAUUGUAUAGAUGGAUAUUAUUCAAUAAUAUCGAAUCCUUAAUGCUAAUUAUGUCAUUAAUUUUGUAAAACUUGUUCUGGACCUACAUCUCAUGAUUGUUUAACAUGUUCAAAUAUAAUUAAUAUUGAAAAAAUAGGAUCGACAUGUAAAUGUCAAACAGGUUUAUAUUAUUAAGAUGCUUCAAGAACAUGUUCUUAAUGCCAUUUAUCAUGUUAAACUUGUUUUAAAAAUACAAUUGAUGGUUGUUUGACAUGUAAUCCUACUUUAAAUAGAAUUUUAAAAGGAUUAGUAUGUGAAUGUGCUCCUGGUUAUUAUGAUUUAAACAAUAUUUGUAUAAGUAUUAUUUAUAUUAAUAAUUUUAGAUUGCCCAACUAAUGAAGAUAUAACUUUAAUUUAAUGUUAUAAAUAUUGUAAUAAUAAUUUAUCAAUAUGGCAUACAAAUAUUUGUAGUUCUUGUGAUUUUGGAUUUCAAUUAGUAUUUGGAGAAUGCUAACCGAUUUGUGGAGAUUUGAAUAUAAAAGGAUAUGAAUAAUGCGAAGAUAAUAAUUCUAAUUUAAAUGAUUUAUGUUAUAAUUGCUAAUAUCAAUGUCCAACUUAUUGUCAAACUUGUGAUUCAACUACUACUUUACCUUGUCCAGAUAUUUGUGGAGAUGGAGUUAUUAGUGGAACUGAAGAAUGCGAAGAUGGAAAUUCAAUUUAAUAUGAUGGAUGCUAUAAUUGUAAAUAUUAAUGUUAACCUUAAUGUACAAAAUGUAUAAAUGGAGAAUGUUUUGAGUGUGCAACUAAAGGAUGGUUUAUUGAUCCAACAAUUACUUCAUCAUGGUUAUGCAAAGAAAGAUGUGGAGAUUAAAUUAUUACUGGAUAUGAAUAAUGCGAUGACGGUAAUCAAGUUGAUACUGAUGGAUGUAAAAAUUGUAGAUUUCAUUGUCGUAUUGGCUGUUCCUCUUGUAAUUAUAAUACAAAUACUUGUCUAAGUUGUCAAUUACCAGGGUUUGUUCCUUUUUAAUAUUAUUGUAAAAAUAUUUGUGGAGAUGGCUUAGUUGUCAUUGAUCCUUCUGGAAUAAAUUCAGAAUAAUGUGAUGAUGGAAAUACUAUUGAUUUUGAUGGUUGUAGUAGUAAUUGUUAGUUUUAAUGUUAACCAUCUACAAUAUGCACAAGUUGUGUAAAUAAUAGAUGUGAGUCAUGUGCUUCUGAAUUUAAACUUUCAAGUGACAAAAUAUGCAAUCCAAUAUGUGGAGAUUCGAAAUUAGUAAGUGGUGAAUAAUGUGAAAUAACCUAAGUUUUACCAUAUAAAGGUUGCUAAAAUUGCUAGGCUAAAUGUUAAACUUCAUGCAAAUAAUGCAAUAAUACUGGAAUUGGUUGUAAUUUUUGUUAACCUGGUUAUGAAAGAAUCGAUUACUUAUGUUAUUCAAUCUGUGGUGAUUAGAUUGUAACUGAUGAUGAAUAAUGUGAUGAUGGUAAUAUAAUUUAUGGAGAUGGAUGUCAUUUCUGUUAAUAUACGUGUUAAGAUUCAUGUUUUAAUUGUAUUAAAGGAGUUUGUUAUGAUUGCUAAGAGGGUUAUCAAUUGAUAUAAUCUAAAUGUUAUACAAUUUGUGGAGAUAAAGUUAAAGCAGAUGAUGAAUAAUGCGAAAUUGUAGAUUUACAGUAGUCUUUCUAAAAUUGUUAAUUAUGUAAGUUUUCUUGCAAUGUAAACUGUCAUUCGUGUUUAUAUGGAAUUUGUUAACAAUGCAAUGAUGGAUAUGAAUUAUCUUUUAAUUAAAUCUACUGCUAAAAGUCUCUUUAAAAUACAUAGUUGCUUUUUGAAAAUUGUAAAAUUUAAAUAAAAAAUAGUUGCAUCAAAUGUGAAGAAUAUGCAUAUUAUAAUAAAAUUGAAUAGUUGUGCAAAUUAAAACAAGCUCCUAUGAAUUUUUGUGAAUAUUAACUUAAAUUAUAACCAGAUUUUUAUUGUAGUCAGUGUUUUUAACACUGUGAUAAAUGUAAUGAAAACAACUGCAUUCUUUGCAAGAUGGGUUAUUAUUUAGAUACAAGUUUUUAAUGUAAUUCUUAUUGUGGAGAUGGAAUACUUGCACAUGAUGAAUAAUGCGAAAUUUUUGAUCAGAAUUGCUUAAGUUGUAUGUAUGAAGCUCCAAAAUUAUGUGAAUAAUAUUUCGAAAAUAAUUGUUAAAAAUGUGAACAUGGUUAUUAUUUCAAUUAAUAUUCUAAUACUUGUGAAUCUUAUUGUGGAGAUGGAAUAGUGGCUCAUGAUGAAGACUGUGAAGACAAUAAUUAUUUAGAAUUUGAUGGUUGUUAUCAUUGUAAAUAUUCAUGCAGCCAGCUAUGUAAAAAUUGUAUGAAUGGAAUAUGUUAUAAAUGUGAAUUAGACUAUUUUCUUUAUGAUGGAAUUUGUUUAUUUGAGAAGAAAGAUACAUAAUGUAGCAUUGAAUGUUAAUUAUGCCUUUAAGGAAAAUGUUUAAUAUGUGAAAAAGAAUAUAAAUUAAAUGAAUAUGGAGAUUGUAUUUCUAGUUGUUAAGAUGGGUGCUUAAAUUGUAUUUAAGGUUUAUGUUAUCUAUGUGGAAACCAAUAUUAUUUAUAUUAUAACAAUUGCAUUCUGAUAGAGGAAUGUUCACUUGGUUUGUACUUAAAUUAAAAAUUAUUAAAAUGUGAACCUUAGUGUGGUGAUGGAUAUAUAACUGGAUGGGAAGAAUGUGAUGAUUCAAAUAUUUUGCAAUAUGAUGGUUGUUAUUUAUGUAAAUAUGAAUGUAUUUAAAAUUGCUUUAAUUGUAUAUAUGGAGAAUGCAUUAAUUGUCUUACAGAAUUUGAUUUAAUUGAAAAUAAAUGUUUAUCAAAAUGUUAAGAAACUUGUAUUUAAUGUAUUUAAGGAGCAUGUCAACUUUGUAUAAAUGGGUAUGUUCUGGAUGAAUAUAAAAAAUGUACAAAAAUUGAUUGUGAACAUGAUUUCAGUUGUACUUAGAUUUGUGGAAAUGGCAUAAUUGAGGAAUAGGAAUAAUGUGAUGACUAAAAUUUCUCUAAUGAUGACACUUGUAACAAUUUAUGUGAAUAAAUAUGUGAUGUUAAUUGUAUAAAUUGUAUUGAUGGUAUUUGUUAUCAGUGCAAAUAAGGAUGGAAAUUAGGUUUAUACUUUUGUGAUUCAAUUUGUGGGGAUGAAAUAAUAGUUGGAAAUGAAUAAUGUGAUGAUGGAAAUAUAAAUAAUUAUGAUGGUUGUUUUAAUUGUCAAUUGUAAUGUGCUUAAAAUUGUUUGGAUUGUUAGUUAGGAAUAUGUUAAUUAUGUUAAUUAGAUUUUUAAUUAGAUUAAUUAAAUAAUUCAUGUAAACCUAUUUAAACCUCACUCUUAACUAAAGUAUAAGCAGAUUGUAAAUUAUUAAAUAAUUAAUAAUGCAUAUUUUGUUAAUAUGGAUAUCUAGAUUUAAUUACAAAUACUUGCAUAAUUGAUUAUAAUAUCAACAAAUGCUCAAAUAAUUGUAAAUAAUGUUUGUUUGAAUAGUGUUUAGAAUGUGAACAUGGAUAUUAUGGAAAUAAAUGCAUUCCUAAAUGUGGAGAUGGUAUUGUAGUUAAAGAAGAAGAAUGCGACGAUGGAAACUAAUAUUAAAUAGAUUCUUGUUUAAAUUGUUAAUAAUCUUGCCCUUUAUAUUGUUAAAAAUGUGCUUAUGGAAUUUGUACACAUUGCUUAAAUGGAUUCUAUUUAGAUAUUGUUAGUAAUUCAUGUAGUUCUAUUUGUGGUGAUAAUAUAUUGGCUAAUGAUGAAGUAUGUGAUGAUGGAAAUGAAUUCAGAUAUGAUGGUUGCUUUAAAUGCAAUUAUUAAUGCUAAAUGGAAUGUUUAAAUUGCUAAUUUGGGAGGUGUUUAUUAUGUGAAUCUUCAUUAAUUUUAGUACCCUCUAAAGGUGUUUGUGAAUAAUUAAAAUAAUGUGAAGGUUUGAUAGGAUUAUAUUAUGAUAGUUUUACUAAUGAUUGUUUAUCAUUAUGUGGAGAUGGAAUUAUAGCAGGCAAUGAAUAAUGUGAAGAUCAGAAUAUUAUACCUUAUGAUGGAUGUUAUGAAUGUAAAUACUAAUGCAAUAAAAAGUGUUCUAAUUGUUAAAAAGGAACAUGUUAUGAGUGUUAAAUUGGAUAUCAUUUAGAAAUACAAAAAUGCAUAACUAAAUGUGGAGAUGGUAUUAAAAUAGGAGAUGAAUAAUGUGAUGAUAAAAAUGAUAUUGUAAGGGAUGGUUGUAGUUAUUGCAAAAUUGAUCCUUUAUAUAAAUGUGAAGAAAAUCAAGAUUUAUUAAGUUUUUGUUAUAAAUGCUAAGAUAAUUGUAAUGAAUGCAAAUAUGACAAUAAUUUUGUAGAAUGUUUAAGCUGCGAAAGUGGAUAUUUUCUUAAAGAUAAUACUUGUAUAUCUUGUUCAGAAAAAUGUGAGGAAUGUGUUAAUACUCCAAAUAAUUGUACAAAAUGCUCUACAAUUGAAUGUAAAUAAUGUCAUAAUAUUUCUGGAUUUUAUUUAGAUAAAUCAUCAAAAUCAUGUAUAACUAAAUGUGGAGAUAAUAUAACUGCUGGAACAGAAUAAUGUGAUGAUGGAAAUCUUAUUGAUUAAGAUGGAUGCAAUUCUAAAUGUGAAAUUGAAAAAGAAUUUAUUUGUAAUGAAGGUAUAUGCUUUGUUCAACCUUAGAAAUAUAUUGAUUUAAUUUAUUCUAAUUCAACUACUAGAAAUGAUCUUGAAUUGAUGUAUGAUGAUAAUGAACUUGAUGGAAUUUGUGAUUAAUUGAAAAUUUGGAUAGAAUAUUUUGAGCCAGAAGAAUUCUAAUAUUAAAUUUAUAAAUAGGAAAAUUAAACAAAUAUAGGACAAGGAAAAUGUGAAAUAAAAUUUAAUUUCUUUAAAUCCAUUCUGGAAUCUAAUCUUAUUCAUAUAAUAAUUCCAUUAAAAGAUAAUGUAACUAGAAUUCUUCAAGAAACAAGGGAAAUUAUUAUAACUCCAAGAAGAUUAGUGUAUUAUACUGAAGAUUAAAAUGAUCAAGCUUAAAAUGUUGUUUCAGCUUCUUCUUCUUUUACUUUUAUUCUAUAAUUAAUUGGACCUAUGACAAUUCUUCUAGGAGGUUUUAAUAUUUUUUGGACUAUUUUAGAUAUUUUGACUUGGAUUAAUAAUUUUUAUUUUCUUAAUGUGGAUUAUCCUUUGAAUGUUAAAUUAUUUUUCAAAAAAUUUGAAUGGGGUGAUGUAUUUAAUAUUCCUGAAAUUUAUAAUUUAAAUACACCUUAAGAUCCUUAUUAUUUUGAAGCACCACCAAAGUUUAUCGAAAAAGAUGUUAAUCCUUUAUUUUUGAAUAACAUCUAGUUAAUUAGUGCUUUAACUUUACUUGCAAUUAUAGCUUAUUCCUUUUCAGUUUGUGUAGUAUCAAAUAUUUAAAAGAUAUUCUAAUCUUAAUUUGAAUACUCACACAAAAUUGAAAUUUUUUCAAUCAAUUAAAUUUAACAAACCAAAGAAGCUAUAUUCCAAAAAAACCAUCCAAACAAAAUAAAAAAACUGAAGAAAUAAGAAAUGCCUUUUCUCAUUAAGAUAAUUUAUAAAGAAACCUUAAAUUUUAAAAUUAACUUUAGAACUAAACUACUAUAAAUUUUUGGAUUAGUAUUUUUAGAUCUUUGUUUAGCUAGUUUUCUUUAAUUAAAAUAUAGAAGUUAAUCAGAAUUUGCUAUUAUUAAAUUGAACAUUUUAUUAGCCAUAAUUGGAAUCAUUAUUAUUAUAUUGAUGUUUAAAAUAUAUUCAUUUGUUUGCUCACAACAUUCAAUUUUGUAUGAAACUAAAAUAUUUUAGAAUUACUAUUCAUCAUUAUACGAAGGUUUCAAUACUAAAAAUUUCUUUGGUAGAAAUUAUUGUUAUGUCAAUUUAAUGCGCAAAACCAUGUUUAUAUUUUUUACUAUAUAUUUUUAUGAAGUUCCUUUGCUUUAAACAUCAUUUUGUUGUUUACCAUGUUUCUUCAAUAUAGCUUUAAUUAUGUUCUAGAAUCCAUUUGAAAAUAGAUCUUAACUUUUGCAAUAAGCCAUCCCAGAUUUUUGUAUAUUCAUAAUUAUUUUAAUUACUGCUUUACUGGCUAUACAUGAUGUAAGUAAUAUAUUAUCAUUUGAUUAAAAGUAUAUGAUUGGGUGGGUAAUUUUGUUCUUUAUUCUACUUUCAAUAUUUUUGUAAAUUAUAUUUCUGCUUAAAUAAUUUGGACUUGA